GGGUGCUUCCCAAGUUGACCCGUCUCUUCCCCGCUCAGAUUAGGAAAUGAGCUCUACCCCAACUUCAGCGAGCGGUUCCUAUUCCAGUAGCAGCAACAGCCACCACCCGAGGCCCUUCUUCUACGCCCAGCCGAGCCCUUGGUACCCGAGUCAAAUCUACAGCCCCUACUGUGUGCCUGCAACAGGCUUCCGAAAUGGCAACCCGUACCUUCCGUACUAUUCCUUCGGCCUUCCCGACUACCCCGGGUUCCUUGUGUCCCAGUCUUCGAUGCCCGCGAGGGUGAACUGCAGACCGUAUUUUAACCCUCCCUCCCCCGUGUUCUACCACACCGCCCGGUUCCGCCAGCACGGCACUCCGGGGAAGAGAACGGAGACCAAGGAGACCCAGACGGACGCCCGGCCGCCGGAAAACCAAGAGAAGAAGCCCCGGGAGCGCCGGACGGGGGUCGACGGCCGUGAGGCCCCCGGGCCCCCCCGAGAGCCGGGACACGGCCCUGAGAGAGCAGACGCCGCCGUGGCCGCCGUCGGGCCGGAAAAGGAGUUCCCCGCCGAGAACCCCCCGGACGGCAGCGGCCAGUACAGAAACCUCUCCUCCGGGAGCUACACCUUCGAGAAGGAAGAGGUGCGCAUCGAGUACGGGGCCGGCGCCCCCGCCAUUCAGCUCUGGAAGUCCUUUAAAGAGACCAUCCCCCUGUUCGACGUGGCGCCCAGCAAGGCUCUCCCAGAGAGCGUGGGGCCGUGCGACCUGUACUCGGUCAGCUCUUGCGAGGGGCUGAGCGUGCUCUACGACCCCCCCGGGGUGGCGGAUAUGCCGGCGGGGGCAUACCCGGGUGAACCCAAGGAGGAUCCGGGAGCCUCACCGGGCGGAGGGACCCAGGGACGGGCCCUUGGUGCGGAAAACGCGCCGGCGCAGCUGGUCAGGGCGUCCGUGGGAGAAGCCGAGGUGGGGGACCGACCGGGCAGUAUCGCCUCGCUGAUUGCGGGCCAGGCCUGGUCCCCGGCGGCCAAACGGGCCCGUUCUUCUGGCUCCCGGACCCAGGAAGAGCCCAGUCAGACCCAGGAGAUGGAGGCUGAUGACCCCCAGCCGAAACCCAGGGCCCAGAGCUCCUUUGACAGCCCGGCCAAGAGCCUCUGGGGCGAAGAGUCAUUCAAGAGGUACAUCUCUCCCCCGAGUUGGCUGGCCCGCUUCGACAGCAUCGACGCCAGCUGCCGCCACAGCCCCGGCCCGGCCCCGCGGAAGCACCCGGGCGCCGCGUCCGGGGCGGAGGACGGGCCCUCGUGGGACGAGGAGUCCUCCGGGGACCUCGCCGCCCCCGACUUCGUGGUGGAGAAGAGCACCUCCGCCUUCCAGAAGGGCCCGCAGCGGAUGGGACGGGAGGUGAUCAAGGGAAGCGGCUACCUGGACGAGGAGCUGCCCCCCGAGGUGGCCGGCGGGCGGGGGUACGGAAGCCGUUCGAGGAUCAGAGAAGCGGCGGACGGAGGCAGGGCCGCCUCCUCGCUGAAGAAAAAGGCCACGAGGAGUCCGUCUCUGUCCGACCCCGAAGACCUGGAGGACUACUGGGUGGUGGGGGUGGAGGAGGAGGAGGAGACGGAAGAAGACGAGGACAAGGUGAAAGUGGAAUACCUCUUUCAAAAAGCCAGUCCCCGGGGCGUCCUGGCUCCCGGGAAAGGCGGCUUCUACAGGCAGGUGGGCCAGCGGGUGCUGUGGAAGCCGCCUCGGAGCGCCGCGUCGACCCGGCUCUUCGGCUGGCCCGCCAGGGACAGGCGAAAGCCCGAGAGCCAGUUGUACUCGAGCAGAGUGGUGAUGCACAAGCUGAAGGAGAAGGAGCAGUUGGACCUGGCCUUCCGUGACCACCUGAAGAGGCGUUCGGUGGCCGAGCUGGAGGGGGGCUCUAAAGAGGGGCCUGAACCGAAGAGGACGUCCCAGAAGCUUUGGGGGAGUCGGCUGCAGGAGAACUUACUGCUGGCGGCGGACGAGUUCUGGGUGAGAAGUGGGGCCAAGCCAAAGCUCUCCAGCCAGCAGCCUCUGUUUUCUCCCGUCGGAAUCAAGGAACAAGAACACCUGCUCCGACCCAUCCCUGCAGGUCUCAAAGACGGGCCAAAGAGAGCAGGAGUCUGCAAGCCCCCUCACAAGCGACGAGACAUCAGGCAGGAGGCAGAGGCCGCGGAGUUAUGGGACCUGCCCAGGCCCAACGACCCCAAAGGGUACGGGUUGAGGAGAUCCAGCUACGCCUACAGAAGAUGAGGAUGAUCCACGGCGAGGGAGGGAGGGAACCGAGGGAGCCCUUCUCCGGGGAUUCCUGGCCUGGGCCCUAGCUGAAAAGGAGGUUUGCCUUGUGCAAUGUCACAAAGUGUCGCAUUUGGUUUUCCACUGCCCAGGGCUCAGGAUGGGCUCUGGUU